AUGAUAGUUGCGAAAAGACUGGUGACCACUCAACCCAGGCCUCCGGUACUUCUCGUCCGCCAAUAUGGCGGAUGGAAGAGCGUUUAGCACUCCAAAGGGAAAACUAACGAUAGAGAAGUUCUCAUUUCAAGAUGAGAAGGAGAGAUACAAGAGACAAAUAGAAGAUCACGCUUUUAAUCAUGCGGUAGAGAUUGUCAUCCCAGAUUGUUUUCUUGGGAAUGUCAUCCAAUGUUUUCGGAGCAUUUCACCAGCUCGGGAUCAAUUCUGUUUGAUUGAACUGCCAGUACAUGCCUUUACAGAAGAAGAGUUUAUCAGGACAUUUAUAAAGACUGGUCAAUUUAUUGCACUCAGCUGGGAAACACGCAUUGAUUCUGGGAACUGUGUGGCAGUUCUUCCAACAGGAGUACUCAUUCUUUCCCUGGACAAAGACACGUAUGAGCAGCUGGGACUCACAGGGAAACCAUCAGCUUUUCAAAAGAAACACAGAUUCAUUGUAGAAGUGAACCUGGCAGCACCAUACUUUGUUCCUGGAAAGAAGCUGUAUGAGAGGGUUAGAUGGUGUUUAAAGGACAAGCUGGAGCUAACAUUUAAAUUUCUUAUGAGCUGGACAAAUGAAGGACAAUCAUCAACAGGAACACUCCACUCCUUCUUGUACUCUUACAAUGGCCAGAUGUUGUCUAACGAGGAAAACGUCGAGUGCAUUCCAAAUUGUCCUAAAGCCCCGCAAAUCAGUUUUGAAAAGUCAAGCUUCACAGAAGACAGGACGAGUCCAGAAAAUUGUGAUGUGUGCGACUGUAUGUCAUUCUUUGAGUGGCUUGGCUGCAUUGCCUGUGGAGUUGAUUGCUCUGCAGCUUCACCGGACAGUUAUGUGUCAACAUUAACAUGUCCAGAACCAUCAUGUGAACUGAAACAAUUGAUCAAGUGUCGCUGGACUGGGAUGAUCACAAGUAAUUGCAUUUUAUCAAUGAUGCAAUCAGUAAGAGAGCUUGUAAAGUCAAAUGGUAUUCCUUGGAUUGCAGUGACUGUGUGGGGAUUUACUGACUGCCCAGUCACAUGGAAACAGAAUGAACAUGGACACUUUUUUAGUGGGGAGAACUUUUACACUUUUGUGAUUUUCCCCAAUGAUAGAUACUGGCUCUACACAGCUAUGGGCAGUCAUGAUAUCGGCCUAUAGCCAGUUAACUAUUUUAUUCCUGACAUAGCCACUGUUCAAAUGGAACAGUCACAAUAUUGCAUUUUGGAAAAUGUCAGAACUAACACAGAAGCAGGUUGUAGUCAGAAAGGAGAGUUGUAACAUUUGGAGCUUUACAUGCUUUCAUGUUUAAAAGCAACAUGAGAAAUUAAUAAUAUUUAUCAUCUUGUUCUCAGCAUGCACUGCAGACCUUGUAUAUGUGGAACGUAGAGUUUAUAAACAAGCGUUAUCUAUGUAAUAUUUAUUCAUUGUUUUAAUUUGAAAUUUGUUUUUGUUGAA